AUGGCAAAGACUCAAGAUUGCCAUAAGGAUGUUUGUCUCAACAACUGUGAUCGCCUUGCAGAGUGCGAUCCCGGUGGUUUCGGCAAGGAGUUUGUCGAAAAGACAAAGUGCCCUCUCAACAUUUGCUGUUCGAAGCAUGGCUUCUGUGGUUACACGGAAGAGUUCUGCGGCAACAAGAAGGUCACUCCUCCUAGCUGCACAAGCCACACCUUGAAGCGUGUAGUCGGCUACUACGAAGGCUGGGCUGCCAGACGUCCAUGCAACGCCUUCAUGCCCGAGCAGAUUCCCAGGGGUGUUUACACUCAUAUCAACUUCGCCUUCGCCACUAUUGACCCUAACACCUUUGAGGUUCGACCUGCUUCAUCUGCAGAUGCCAAACUAUACAAACGUUUGACAUCUUUGAAGUUGAUCGACCCUGAUCUUAAGGUUCUCAUUGCCAUUGGAGGAUGGACCUUCAACGAUCCCGGCCCAACGGCCACAACGUUCUCUGACAUUGCUCGGUCAGAGUCUGCGCAGAAGGCUUUUAUUAAGUCCCUUGUCAGUAUGAUGUCGACAUAUGACUUUGACGGUGUCGACCUUGACUGGGAGUACCCUGUGGCGAAGGACCGUAGCGGUCGCGAUGAAGAUUUUGAGAACUUUCCCAAGUUCUUGGCCAACCUCAAGAAGUCCCUCAAGGCUACUGGCGGCCGAGAUGAAGUAUCUUUGACAUUACCGGCAUCACUUUGGUACCUACAGCACUUUGACAUUGUCGCGCUUCAGAAGCAUGUUGACUUUUUCAAUAUUAUGAGUUAUGAUCUCCACGGCACGUGGGACAAGACUAACAAAUGGGUUGGUCCAUACCUCAACGCGCAUACCAACUUGACCGAGAUUAAGGAAGCCAUGAACCUCCUCUGGCGCAACAACAUCGACCCAGACAAGGUCGUCCUCGGUACUGGCUUCUACGGCCGUGCCUUCACUGCCACCAGCCCCAACUGUCUCACCCCUGGCUGCACCUAUGAGUCUGGUGCUCCUCGUCAGCCAUGCAGUAACGAGAUCAGUGUCAUGCUUCAGUCUGAGAUUAUGGACGUCAUCAAGAGAACCGGUAACAAGCCUGUUCUAAACAAAGAGGCUGCCGUCAAGAUUCUUACCUUUGACAGUAACCAGUGGGUUGCGUACGACGAUGAAGACACGUUCAAGCUGAAGGCAGAUUUUGCUCGAGAGCAGUGCCUAAGCGGUAUCAUGGUCUGGGCUAUUUCUGGAGACGUGGAAGAUGGAAAAUACUCCAAAGAGAUUGGACUGGCGGCUGCGCGUAAGUUCAUGUCGUUGCCUGGGAUGUUUUACGAACUCCCUGAAGACGACGGCCUCAUCACGACCAUCACAAAGCAUCCACAGUGUAAGUGGACAAACUGCGGAGAAAUGUGCCCCUCGAACUGGAUCCGCAUGACACGCAAUGAUAAAGAGGCUCGCAAAAACGAGUACAUGGUCGAUGGCUCAUACUGCUCGGAGGGAGUUCACGAACUCUGCUGUCCUCCGGAGGGCGACCUCCCUACGUGCGGAUGGUACCAACACAACAAUGGCAAAUGCGAUUCGACCUGUCCCGAUGGGACACUGGAGGUUGGCUCGCUCAGUACCCAUUGCAACAACUCAAAAUACCAAGCCGCCUGCUGCACUCACAAAGGCAAAAGCAUGGAUCUCUACAACCAAUGCAGUUGGACUGAAGCUCCCAUGUGCAUGCUGGGCCAGUGCAGCAGCGACACCGAGGAGGUCGCUCGCUCGCCAACCGGCAGCGGCAAAGCCGUAUGUAACGUCGAACGAUAUGAUUGGGAAGCAGUCAAGGUCCAGGAACGCAAGUAUUGUUGCAAGCAGGAAACCGAGAAGAAAUGGGACGACUGUCAGUGGUAUGACAAUCUCGGUCCUGGAAAGGAUGACGAGUACUACUGCCGCAGUGGAUGCCCGAGUGAUCGCGUCAGAGUUGCUAUGGAUGGCCACUGGAACAAGGACAACACCUUCUUCUGUCAGCGUGGUGCGAGAUCCAAAUGCUGUAUUCCCAAGCACUCGACCAUCACCAAGAGAGAAUCGUCGCAGGAUUCGGUGCUACGUGAUGCAUUGGAGUCCUUCCUGGAAGAGCCAGUGUGCUCUGAAAAUGGUGGCGGUUUCACCUUCACUGCCUUGAGCAACUUACCGGCGGCCAACAUUUCCGAGCCUGAAUCGAAAUCCGAACCCCAGGUCAACAAGAGAGAAGCACAUGUUCAUGCGCAUACUCAUGGCUACACACUCAGUAUGCAUUAUCGUCGUCAUGGGUACAAUGACGGCGGUAAGAAACUUGAUGAAACGUCCAAAGACCUACAAACCCGUCAAAACAGCUGGGGCAGUUUCCAACAGGACGAGAUCAAGGACCUGGUUUUCCUCCUCUUACUAAAAACUGCCACAAGUAAUCAGAGAGCCAUAUGGAAUGAUCUUGUACCCAGGACAUAUUCUAACCUUAAGUGGGAAAACGUUCAAGCUUGGAUUGAUCGCGUAAAGGCGAUCAGCAAGUACGGUUACGACCAACUGGCUUAUCUGAUCACCUGUCAUAUGCCAGACUUUGACGCUUGGGUUGGAGGCAAAUCGGAGCAUGACUGUGAAUGCGAUACCAUAUCUUGCUGUCCCGGUGGAGGUGACUUCUGCGCGAGUGAGGACUCGGAUGUGGACUUGGAUACCGACACCGGUACCUCCCUGGCCGUCGCAGACUUUGCUGAUGAUGACGACUUUUCGUUAAUGGCAAACCCUCGUCCAGGUGAGCCAAGAAAGUACAGAAUCUACUUUCCUGACGGUACAUACAUUGAGAUUGAAAGCGAGCCUUACUAUCCUUCGACACAUAGUUUCUGGCACGCAAACCACCCAAUCUGGAACAAUGUUCACUUGUAUCCCGAGAAGGACUGUAUCGAGGUUAUGCCACGCAUUGUCAACUACCAGAAAGGAAAGGGCGGUAUUCACCUCGAGCACAUUGUUGAGAUGAAUACCCUUACGCGCUUCUUCACCCACGCGCUAGCUCGCACUUUGCCGUCUGGAGGUACAAUGAGAACCGCUAGAAUCAGCGAGAGUCUCGUGCGUCGGACUCUUCAGGGGCGAUAUGGGGUCACGCAGCCCCCGAUGGCCGGAGGCGUAUACUCUGACAACCCCAUCCAAAGGCUUUACAAUGCUCUUGGUAGCCAACUUAACAACCAGUAUAUGGUUUUCGCCGGAGCGGGUUUGAACUUUGUCAAGUCAGCACUCUGGAGACAAAGCACCUCGGGCAGAGGCUUCGGUACCCAAUGGAUGACUGAAACCAACAUGAACAAUGACAUGCAGAACAUCAACAACUACGAGGUUUUCAUCACGCGCCUCCGCGAUCCCAUCAUCGCCAUCAACUACCUCCGCGACCCAACCGUCUGGGGCAACCUCAUCGCGAUGGUCGACGAAGUACGUAAUGAGCUGGAGCGGCUCCAGGCUCUCCAUCACGCGCAGACCAACAUCAACGAUGAUCUCGUCGGUGCUUGGGACGAGUUUAUUCGCGACUUGCUGCAGUCCACCGUAAGGACCGCGCAGAACUUCGUGCGGACCUGGGUUACCAACGCGAGAAACCAUUACCGGGACCAGAACAGCGAGGACGUGAUUAACCUCUUGGCAAGGAUAAGCACCUUGUUGAGAUAUGCGCUCGAAUUGGAGCUGCCUUACGAUGAGCUGCCACAAUGA